AUGGCACUACCCUGGAGCAGCUGGGACCCCCACCAACGGGGCUCCUGGGCCUGGAAAGGGCUUCUCCUGACAGCUCUUCUAAUCACCUGGAUCCCACCAGCCCCAGCCCUGCUGAACAUCUUAGCCAUCCCAGAGAAACCAGCCCAGGGGGACAAUGUCACCCUGCUGGUUCGAGGCCUCCCUGGGGACCUUGUGGCUUACAACUGGUACCGAGGGACAGACCUCAGCCAGGGCCACCUCAUCCUGAGCUACAUCAUCAGCCCGGCAGACGAGACACCCGGCCCCGCCUACACGGGCCGGGAAGCCGUCCGCCCCGAUGGGAGCCUGGACCUCCGGGACGUGGUCCCAGAGGACUCGGGCAGCUACAUCCUGCAGACCCUGAACCAGCAGUUCCAGACCGACAUUGCCUACGGGCACCUGCUGGUCUAUGAGAUCCUGUCCCCACCUCUCCUCCUGGCCAAUGGCACCAAGCUGGUAGAGCGCCGAGAUUCCAUCCACCUGUUGUGCAGUACCCCCAGCACAGGAGAUGUCCGCUGGUUCUUCAAUGGGGAGCCACUCCCCAUUAGCAGCCGUCUAGGGCUCACCCCAGAUAACCGGGUCCUGGUCCGGCACAACGUCCGUAGAGAAGAGGCGGGGGCCUACCAGUGUGAGGUCUGGAACCCUGUCAGCAUCAGCCGCAGUGACCCUGUCAACCUAACGGUGUACUAUGGCCCAGAUCGGGUAGCAAUUGUCCAGGAAUCUGCCUUCCAGACGGGCUGCACUGUGGAAGCCGAAUUCAAUGCAUCUCUAACGCUUUGCUGCGUGACCAGGUCCUGCCCAGACCCAGAGUACACGUGGUCUUUCAAUGGGCAGACCCACGAGAGCACUACCCGCUACCUCAACAUCAGUGGGAUGACUAAGGACAAGGAAGGGACCUAUACCUGCAUUGCCAAAAACCCUAUGACCGAGCUCUCAGGCUCGGCAUCAGUCUUGGUCAAGAUGUCGGUUGCCACAUCAGCCAUGACGAUAGUGCCUGUUCCCACCAAGCCCACCGAGGGGAGGGAUGUAAUCCUGUCUGUCCAAGGCUACCCCAAGGAUCUUCUGGUCUAUGCCUGGUACCGAGGGACAGCCUCUGAGCCCAACCGUCUCCUCAGCCAGCUGCCUUCUGGAAACUGGAUUGCUGGGCCAGCCCAUACUGGGAGGGAGAUGGGCUUUGCCAAUUGCUCAUUGCUUAUCCAGAAGUUAAACCUCACAGACACGGGCCGCUACACCCUGAAGACUGUCACCCUGCAGGGCAAGACGGAGACACUGGAUGUCCAACUGCAGGUCUCAAAAGGGAGCUCCCUGACCAUGGGGACCGUGUCUCCCCCAUCAGACCGGAGGCUCCCAUGGGGGAGAAUCCUAUCAGCAUCAGCCCCAACCAAACAGGAGUUCCUUGAAGAUUUGUGCUAUGUCUCCCCCAUCUGA